AUCAUUUUAGACAACUGUAAUUGCAUGUAACUUGAAGAAUGCAACGGUUCAUGCAUCUGAGACCGAUAAACGCGAUUUUGUUAUCCAAAUAGCACCCGCAGAAUCCAGUAACAUGUGAGUUAUCAACCAUAUGUUUAUUAAAAAAAAAUGUAUUUACCUUUUCUUCUUCUUUUUUGUAGAAUAAGCUUACAAACAGAAACCGCCAUUGAUUUCUCCAACUGGUUACAAGCGUUGAGUUCUUGGAACCCACAAAAGCAAACGGGGACAUCACUUCACACGACAACAACAGCGGGUGGUGUGAAUACCAACCACAGUAGUAAAAAGUCUACCUUACCUACCACUCGAAAAAGUGCUAUUCCUCAUCCUCGGUAUUCAGGAACACAUAGUAGCAACCGAUCAUUUCUUACCAAAAAAUCGAGUUUUGGAGGCGGCAGUGGCGGAGGUAACGGUGGUGGUAAUACGAUCACGGUGGAUCAUCAACAUAAAAAGAUGAUGGAAACCUCAUUAAAUCAUAUCAACGUACCCGUAAGUUAGAUCUAUAUGUAUAUAUAAAACAAAUAGCUGAUUACUUUUUCUAAAAUACG